AUGUUCUCCUCGGCUUUAAAGUCGUUCUCAUCGAACAUAUCUAAUAAUUACCAGUUCUCGCCCAACCCCUCCUUCAUAUCUGGGCCCUGGAAAGUUCAUGAUGGAAAGAACAAGAAGACGGGGAAGGCCGUUUCGAUAUUCAUUUUUGACCGGAAGUCCUUGGAUCCACGAACCGGUGGCUUGAGCUCACGAUCAAACACUACCUCGUUAAAGAAAGUUCACGAAGAGGUCGUUGAAAGGCUCAAACGAGAGGCAGCAAAUCUUGCCCGCCUAAGGCAUCCGUCUAUUCUCCAAAUAAUUGAGCCGGUAGAAGAUACGCGGAAUGGCGGCCUGAUGUUUGCCACGGAGGCCGUCACAGCAUCUUUAUCUGGUUUGCUACAGGAAAAGACGGAUCAGGAGGCAUCCAGCCGAGUCGGGGGAAGGGCCAGUCGACACAUGAUCGAAGAGGCCGACGGAUCACGGAGAAGACGUGAAAUCGAAAUUGACGAGCUUGAAAUUCAAAAGGGGCUUCUUCAGAUUGGGAAGGGUCUUGAAUUCUUGCACGAGUCGGCCAAAAUUGUACAUGGCAAUCUCACCCCUGAUGCCAUUUACAUAAAUGCAAAGUCUGAUUGGAAGAUAUCUGGCCUAUCAUUUGCCGGGCCUACAAGCCCAGAGGUGCAAUCACCGCUACCACCAAUUGCCCUGUCAGAGGCUCUCUAUCACGACCCUCGCCUGCCCAAGUCCGUGCAACUCGACCUAGACUACACCUCUCCCGAUUUCGCUAUUGACUCAAACAUCUCCCCGGCCGCAGAUCUUUUUUCUCUUGGACUCAUAAUCAUUGCCCUCUAUAAUUCUCCUCAUGUAUCGCCUCUAAAUACGAACAACAACACAAAUACAUAUAAGAGAUUACUCAGCUCUGCCGCCACGAUUCCCUCACAGUCAAACUCCUUUCUUUCCUCGGGGCCAAUACCAAAGGAUCUAGCUAGCCAGGUUCUGCCAAAACUAAUAACAAGGAGACCGGCUCAACGGAUGAAUGCCAGUGAAUUCCAACAGUCUCAAUACUUCGACAACGUCCUCGUUUCCACCAUCCGCUUCUUGGACUCUUUUCCUGCCAAGACACAAAAUGAGAAAUCGCAGUUUAUGAGGGGAUUAUCCAGGAUUUUGCCAGAGUUCCCAACAUCUGUCUUGGAGCGUAAGGUUCUUGGAGCGUUACUCGAGGAAAGCAAAGAUCGCGAACUCCUGCCGCUUAUUCUCCAGAACGUUUUCAAAAUUCUUGCACGCCUCCCUUCAAGUCAACGACUAGUUCCAGAUAAAGUUAUUCCCCGUCUUAAAGAAAUAUUUCUCACACCGGGCAAUAAAGGUGCCGUUCAGGAUCGAGAUAGCAGCAAGGAUGCAGGACUCAUGGUUGUUCUUGAAAACACGCAAAUUCUUGCUGAUAAUUGUUCUGGAAAAGUCUUUAAAGAUGACGUGAUACCGCUAAUCCACCUGGGCUUGGAAUCUCCAACUCACUCGUUGAUUGAUGCGUCUAUGAGGUGUCUCCCUGUAAUGCUACCUGUCCUUGACUAUUCUACCGUGAAGGAUGACAUAUUCCCGCCAAUCGCGUCUGUGUUUACCAGGACAAGCAGCCUUGCAAUUAAAGUUCGGGGGCUGGAAGCGUUUUACGUUCUUUGCGGCGGUCCACCCAAGACCAGCCAGUCUGCAGACGACCUUUCGGGAAUUAUAGCAGACUCUCGGCCAGUGAAGUCAAAUUCCAACUCCGUUCUUGACAAAUACACCGUUCAGGAGAAACUAGUACCAUUGCUGAAAGCAGUCAAGACUAAAGAGCCGGCGGUGAUGGUGGCGGCUUUGAAUGUGUUUAAACAGAUCGGACAAAUGGUCGACAUAGAAUUCGCAGCACUCGAAGUCCUUCCGAUUUUGUGGAAUUUUGCACUUGGCCCUCUCCUUAACGUUCAGCAGUUCUCGUCGUUUAUGGAGCUGAUAAAAUCACUCUCGUCAAAGGUUGAGAGAGAGCAGACCAAGAAAUUACAACAGCUAUCCUCUAGCAAUGAGGGAGGGAGCACUAAAAACACAGCAAAUCAAAUGGGAGCAUUGUCUCCAUUGAAUAACGGUAGUGAGACUGGCGGCGAUAAGUCUGACUUCGAACGUCUCGUGCUGGGCAAGGGCAAGUCGCCAAACACUCCUAUAGACUCAUGGGGUGAAUGGGGGGACUCUGCUCCAUCCAAGGCCCAAGCCCAGGUCCCUACGAAGCCAGACACUACACCCCAAUUUUCGUGGUCUAGUAGUUCUACUACUACACGGCAAGGGAAUGGCGGACUCGCAAAGCCAAACGCAAAUAUGCGGUCAAUCACGCCCGACAUGGCGAUCAACGCCUUCCCAUCCCUUGAACCUGGACAUAAGAGCAACACUUCAUCCUUUUCUUCAAUGGCUACCCUCCAGCCGCUCUCACCACAAGCACCCCCAAGCAACAUGAUGAUGGGCGGUAGCUUUAGUUCUCUGCAAGGCUCCCACCAGUUCACACACUCCGGCACCGGCUCCUUUAAUAUACCUACCAUCGGGGGUAAGCCUGCUAAUGGCAGCAAUUUAUGGCAGGGGCAGAGCCAGUUAAUCGUCGACUACGCGAAAAGCACCCGCAAGAACUCGAACUCAGGAGCUAUGGAUACCCAGACGAAACAGCAGUACCUGGCCGAUUCUCCACCGACCAUCGUGAGACUGGAGAUACGGCCUCAUUUCGAAGCUCUAAAGGACGACAAGUUGAAGAGAUACUCUCAUUUUAUUAGCAGAGCUGCUUUCCAGGGAACAAGAAUCACCCUACGUCAGGUCUCUCCCGAAUCCGAACCUAUCUACGACCUUAUAAUAUCACUUUAUGCUUCAUGCAAUGGCGAUUGGAAGGCCCUGGCCGAGAAGACGAACACGAGUGCCGAGAAUUUGCAGUUCUUUCUAGAGUAUGCUGCACAGUUCCUAGGCAACUGUGGAAACUACAAGGGAUUCGGGGACUCCAAGUUUAUCCCCCGGAUUCCGUCUAGUGCACUCGAAACUCUGGCUUCUGGGUCACCUGAGACGAAGAAGCACUUUGAGCUUGCUUGCAAGUCGGGAGGAGGUAUCUAUGAGACCUCUUCGCCUGACCUGAUGCAUCUGGGCUACCCUGAGAAGGGCCAGAUGACGACAUAUUACCCGGAUUCUCCAUCUAUCACUAAGGAAGAGAUUACUUUGAUUGGCGAUUUCCUGGAAAAGAAACAGCUCUUGCUGGAAAACACAAGACUCAGAAAGACCCAGGCUGGCGAUUUUGAGUUGUUAAUUGCCUCGGCUGAAACUUCACCUGCUGGUAAGGAUAGAGACGUUGGAGAUGUCGAUGGAUGGGAUCUGGAAGGCAAACUUGCCGGAAAGAAGCUUAAGCUUGUAUAUGGCGACUAUGCUGAGGUUAUGAAGAAAAUUGCAGAGAGCAUCAAGCAGGCUGGCUUGAACUCGGCGAAUGAUAUACAAAAGAAGAUGCACGAAGAAUACUUCAAGUCAUUUACCACCGGGUCAAUAGAAGCUUACAAGGAAAGCCAACGUAACUGGAUUCGGGAUAUCGGUCCAAUGGUGGAAUCAGACAUUGGAUUUGUCGAGACCUACCGCGACCCUCAUGGUGUCCGAGGAGAGUGGGAAGGCUUUGCUGCAAUGGUCAAUCUCGAGCGAACCAAAGCUUUUAGCAAACUCGUUGAGAAUGCUGAAACUAUGAUUCCAAAGUUACCAUGGGGCAAGGAAUUCGAGAAGCAGACCUUUUUAAGCCCUGAUUUUACAUCGCUUGAGGUGAUGAGCUUUGCUGGAAGUGGCAUCCCAGCUGGAAUUAAUAUCCCCAACUAUGACGACAUCCGCCAGAAUCUCGGCUUCAAAAACGUGUCUCUAGGCAAUGUGCUCAGUGCGAAAGCACCGAAUGAACCUGUCCCCUUCAUUCGCGAACAGGACCUAAGCCUCUUCCGCGAAUAUCGGGAUGCUGCCUUUGAGGUACAGGUUGGUAUCCAUGAACUGCUCGGCCACGGAACUGGUAAAUUGCUGCAAGAAACGUCUCCAGGGAAAUACAACUUCGACGUGUCAAACCCACCUGUGAGCCCAGUUGAUGGUAAACCUAUUUCCACAUGGUACAAACCAGGCCAGACCUGGAGCUCUGUGUUUGGAUCCAUCGCUUCUUCAUACGAAGAAUGCCGCGCUGAAUGUGUUGCUAUGGCUUUGGGAUGCGACUUUGGUAUCCUUCAACUGUUUGGCUUCGGUAACGGUAAAGAUGACAUCAACGGCCAGGCAGGUGACGUUCUAUACGCAAGCUAUCUCCAGAUGGCACGCGCAGGUGUGGUUGCACUUGAAUUCUGGGACCCAAACAGCAAGAAAUGGGGCCAGGCUCACAUGCAAGCACGAUUCAGCAUACUUCGUACUUUCUUAGACGCUGGCAACGACUUUGUUCGACUAGAAUACAAGAAGGACGAUUUGUCUGAUUUGGAAAUCCACCUCGACCGAUCUAAGAUCCUCAGCCAUGGACGACCUGCGGUUGAGAAAUAUCUGCAGAAACUCCAUGUGUACAAGAGUACGGCGGACUUUGAAGCUGGAAAGGCCCUAUACGACGAGAGCACACAUGUCGAUGAAUGGUGGGGAACCAAAGUCCGCCCAGUCGUCCUGCAGAAGAAGGUGCCUCGAAAGGUGUUUGUACAGGCCAACACGGUGCUUGACGGCGAACAAGUCGUGUUGAAAGAGUACGAGCCUACUCUUGAAGGCAUGAUCCAGAGUUAUGCUGAGCGCGAUGUAUAA